AUGGCACCAAAGAAGAAAGAGGAGGAGCAGAAGAUACUGCUAGGAAGGCCUAAGAAUACCCUCAAAAUGGGAUUAGUUGGUUUGCCAAAUGUUGGCAAAUCAACCACAUUUAAUGUACUGACGAAGUUGAAUAUUCCUGCGGAGAAUUACCCAUUUUGCACCAUAGACCCGCACGAAGCUAAGGUUACUGUGGAGGAUGAACGAUUCGAUUGGCUAGUUAAUCAUUUCAAGCCAAAGAGUAAUGUGCAUGCAUACCUAUCCAUCUUUGACAUUGCUGGUUUAGUUAAGAAUGCACAUUUGGGGGAAGGGCUGGGGAAUAAUUUUUUAUCGAACAUUGCAGCAGUAGAUGGAAUUUACCAUGUGGUGAGGGCAUUCGAAAAUGAAGAUAUAAUACACACAGAAGGAAAUAUAGACCCAGUGAGAGAUAUGGAUAUAAUAAAUUCCGAAUUGAUAUAUAAAGACAUUAGUCAUUGUGAAAAGAAUUUAGAAGAAGUGACAAAAGUGUUGAAUAGAAAUAAAAAGGAUAAAAUAAAACAAAAUGAACAUGAUGUUUUAACUAUUGUAUUAGAUUUUUUAAAAGAACAUAAAUGGAUUAAAGAUGGAAAUUGGAAAAGUUCAGAAAUUGAAGUAAUUAAUGAAUUCAAUUUUUUAACAGCAAAACCAGUAGUAUAUUUAGUGAAUAUGAGUGAAGCUGAUUUUAUCAGACAAAAAAAUAAACAUUUAGCAAAAAUUUACAAUUGGGUACAGGAAAAAAAUAAGGGAACUAUUAUCCCAUAUUGUGCAGAUUUGGAAUUGAAACUUUUAUCCAUGAGUGAAGAUGAAAAAUUAAAUUAUCUUAAAGAAAAUAAUAUAAAACAAAGCAUGCUAAAUAAAAUUAUUAAAACAGGAUAUUAUGAAAUUAAUUUAAUUCAUUUUUUUACAUGUGGACAAGAUGAAGUUAAAUGUUGGACAAUAAGAAAAGGUACCAAGGCACCACAGGCUGCUGGUGUUAUUCAUACCGAUUUUGAAAAGGGAUUUAUUUGUGCAGAGGUUUACAAGUAUACUGAUUUGGUGGAAUUUAAAUCUGAGGGGGAGGUCAAGGCCAAUGGCAAGUAUCUGCAAAAGGGAAAGGACUAUGUCGUGGAGGAUGGUGACAUUGUCUUUUUCAAGUUUAAUGUUUCCUCUUCUGGGAAGAAGUAG